UGUUACAAACACAAGUGCCAGUAUCUAACCUAACUUUUCAAUGUAAUUAAACUUUGUUGAAUUGUUCUGAAAGAUAUUGGUAAUUAAAAAAUAAUCUUUUGAAUAAAUUUUGAAAACUUGAACGUUACAUAGCAGAAAUGGUGGAUAUUAAGUUUGCUAUACAUAGAUGCUUGUGCACACCUACAGUGAAUGUAUUGUACAGAAAAUUGUUUAAAAGAAAUUAUAAUAUGGAAAAUUUUGCGCAGAAGAAGCCUUUAGAGGAAAUUCAUCCUUACAAAAAGCUUCAUCCGUGGAAGUCGUUGGCAGAGUUUUCGUAUGAUCUUGUUAAGAGUGUGUUUUAUAAUGAAGAUGGUUUGGUAGCAUUGAAUAAACCGUAUGGCGUAAGCCAUCAAAGGAUACACAAUGAAAUUGGUGCUAGUGAUAUACCAAAUUUUGUAGAUUAUACAUUAGAAGAUGCCUUACCACAUAUCGCUAAACAACUGAAUUAUUCAAACUUAAUUGUAGUCAAAAAACCGGAAAAAUACAUGACUGGUAUCACACUGUUAGCAGCAGAUUCAAAGAUUGUAGACAAUGUAAAGCUUGCAUUACGCCGUGGAAAUAACUAUACAAGUACUUAUUGGGCACUUACAAUUAGAGUUCCAAAUAAAUUAUGGGGAGAAGAACAUUUGGCAAUAAAAAUGAAAUCAAAUCCUCACUAUGAACUUAGAAAGCCAAUUAUUGUAACAUCAUGGCCUAAAAAUGAACAGAAAAGGGGAGACGUGAAAAUUUUAAAUGUUAAAUUCAGAGUCCUGUCCAACUCUACGUUUAAUUUAUCUUCCUUGGUUCAAAUAAAAUCGUCUACUAUAAAGCACCAUGCUAUUAGACUAUUUGCAGCCACAUUUUUAUAUUGUCCAAUUCUAGGAGAUAAUAUACAUGGGUCACGGAUCCAAAAAAUUGGUGGUACUUAUAUAACAGUUGAUCCGUUUGUGAAAUAUACAGACUUCCCUCCAAAAUUGGACAAAGAACUACUUCAAUUGUUGAAACUAAACACGCAGAGACAGCCUAUUAUUCCUGUUCAUAUUCAUUUUAGAUCAAUAAAUUUACCAUAUUUUCAUGGAAAGGAACGGGAUCUAUUAAUCGAGGCUCCAUUAAUUCCACCUUUUGAAUGGACUUACCAACAACUCAAAUUCGAUUAUCUCAAGGAAGAUAAAUAA